AUGCCCAGGGAACCGGAGACGGUGCAUGCACCCAUUUCUCUUCUCACAGGCUGUCAGAUCCUACUCGCCCUGGUUACUGUGGGCAUUGGAACUAUAUUUGCUUUUAAUUCCUUCCAUUUCUCCCAAGGAUUUCCCCUUGUUUUCCUCACCAGAUAUCCACUCUGGGAAGCAUUUUUUGGAAUUUUGUCAGUCUCACUGAUCAUCAGCAUAGCAGAACUCAGCAUCUCUGUGACUAUCGCCUCCUUCAGAAGCCAGCACUGGACAAGGUCAAAUGAGAUUGUGUUUUUCUCGCCUCUGAAUGUUACACAAGAUAGUGAAUCAUCUGUCCCAGAAGAAAAUGCUAUAAUUCAAUUUGAGCUUCAAGAAGAGUUUUCCUGUGAUGACUCAAUAGGAAACACACAACCUGUUUUCCUUGGAGGUUAUCUUUCUUCUUUCUUCAAAUUAAGAGUCUCAAGAAAUCCUUUCACCUUCCAACAUUCAGGGAGGAGAGGCAGUGUGUACUAUGCAUCUUCUCUCUCUGUGCCUGAUGAACAACAGAAAAAUAUCCAUUCACCUUUAAAACUUUAUAAGGAACAAACUGAGUGGAAACCUUUAACUCCACAUAAAAGGAAAAGGCCCUCAGAAAAUAUCACACACAGUAGACAACUGAAUGAUGAAGACCUACAAUAUGCUACCGUACAAUCCCCAGAAAUACAAACCCAACUGCUGCAGGCCCAAGCCCCUUCUAUUAAAAAAUUCCAACUGUUACCACCCCAAGACCUGCCAUCCCACACUUUGCCAACCCAAAUUCUGCCAGUACCCCUGCUAUCUGGAGCCCCACAAUCCCAUGUCACACAGUCUCACAACCUGGCAUCUGAAGACGUGCCAUCCCAAGACAUACCAUCCCUGGACAUACCAUCCAAAGAUAUACUAUCCCAAGAUAUAUCAUACCAGGACAUACCAUCCCAAGAUUUAUCAUACCAGGACAUACCAUCCCAAAAUGUACCAUCCCAAGACAUGUUCCCCAAGUACAAGUCCUGCCAGCACAAAGACCCAACAUUCCAUGCUGUGCAGUGCCCUAAUAUACAAUGCCUACAUCAGCAAUCCCCAGAUCUUCAGCUACAAAACGUCCAAACUCAAGACCAGCAAUUUACACAUAUAUCAUACCAAAACAUUUAAUCAGAAAUGUUACUGACCCAAGAGUGGAAAUGUAUGAAGGAACGCUAAGAAGGGAAAUCCCCAAAACAGCAUGCCCUAGACCAGCAAAGCAAAGACUGACCAUCCCCAAAGCAGCUCUCCAUUGGCCAGAAAAGCAAAGGCUGCCAAUCUCCAAAAAAGAAAAGUCUGGUCCAAAUCCAAGAUCAGCAAUCCCCAAGGAAGAAAUCCCUAGACCCAUACAUCAAAGGCUGGCUAUCCCCAAAGAGGCACUCCAUAGAUAAGCGAGUCUGAAUUAAGCAAACCAUGCAGCAACCCCCAUAUCAGCAAGCUGAAGACCAGCUGGCCCAAGGGGAGCAAUCCCUGAAGCAACAAUCUCCAAUGGGGCAAGCUAAACACCAACAUGGCAAAGAGGAGCAAUCCCCAAAGGAAGAAUCCAAAGGUAGACAAGAUAAAGAUCAACAGGCUGAUAAGAAGCAAUCCCCAAAAAAACAAACCCAACACCAGCAAGGUUAAGAUGAGCAGGUCCUAGAGGAGAAAUCUGCAAAGCAACUACACCAAGAUUGGCAAUCCCCAAGAAAUCAAUCUCCAGAUUGGAAAACUCAAGGCUGGCAAUAUUUAGACCAACAAUCCCAAGACCAGAGAACUCAAGACUGGAAAAACAAAGCACAAGAACUGCAAUUCAAAAUGCAGGAUUCCCUCAACUGGGGAUCCUAAGCCGGGCAAACCUAAGAUGUAUCAAAGAAAAAAUCCCUGAAGCAGAAAGUUCUAUGUCAAGAAUCUUAAACUCAAACUCUGAAUGUCUUAAAUCAACAUCACCUAUAUCAGCGAUUACAAGAUGCUCUAUUUCAAGAUAGUCAGUAUCAAGAUGAUGACCAACAAGACCUUCAGUCCACAAGUACUGAAAAAGAAGACAUGCAAAUAAAUGAUAUGAAAACAACCGGCAUCAAACCAGGGGACACACCAUCCCAAGAUACACCAUCCCAGGACAUACCAUCCAAAGAUAUACCAUCCCAAUAUAUAUCAUACCAGGACAUAUCAUCCCAAAAAUGUCAGUGCCAAAACCCAAGUGACCUGCAGUCAGAAGACAUGAGGACAGAUCUUCACUGUUCCUCCUGCCAAAGCACAGUACAAGACAUGUUAUUAGUCCAGUAUAGAUUCAGAGCAAGUUGCACAACACAUUUCAAUUUGUUCAGCUUCAUACAAAGAAGAUCUGACUUCAACGCUUACCUCACAUCCAAAAGAUCAACAGCAAUCUGA